UUGCUAUUUAUAGUAAACAGUUUGGCCUCAGCAACAAAUUUGAUCCAGAAUUUCCCUCAGUGCUUACAGGGAAGGUGGCUCCAGAGGAGUACAAGAUGAGCAUUGGUCGGGUAAAUGGAUGUUUAAAGAAAAAUCUUCCCAUCAAUGUGAAGUGGCUUCUGUGUGGUUGUCUAUGUUGCUGUUGCACUUUGGGUUGCAGUCUGUGGCCUGUCAUCUGUCUCAACAAAAGAACUAGAAGAUCAAUACAAAAGCUGUUAGAAUGGGAGAACAACAGGUUAUAUCACAAGCUUGGUUUGCACUGGAAGUUAAGUAAAAGGAAGUGUGAGUCCAGUAACAUGAUGGAAUAUGUAAUACUAAUAGAGUUCUUACCAAAAUUUCCUAUAUUCCGACCGGACUGAGAAGAGCCCCAACUGUCAAAGUAACAGCAUAUCAUUCCCGCCCUUAGUGCCUUGUAGAUAUCUGAACAGAUGACUGCCAAUACACCUGUUUUAACAGUAAUCUACCGUGGUGAUUGUAGAUACCUUUCUAAUCUAUUUUCCUUCUUUCACAAAGCACAUUUUGCACAUGUAUUAUUUUCCCUUUCUCUAAAGUGUUGCACUCGAUCUGUUACUGCGUUCAUUUGUUGAAUGUGGAGAUGUUCACUUUGUGGGGGGGGAAAAAACUCAAAUCUUGUACGUAGUGCUUCAGUCCAUAUUGUACAAUAAUGUGGUUGUAUUAAUGUUUACAGAAUGUAAUGUUGUUCCUUUACUAACCCCCAAGAAUCUAAAAAUAUGGAAAACUUUUUGGUUAAGUGUGAAUUUUUGUGCAGAUUUUAAUCUGUAAACUGUAUCCAUAAUGGGAUUAGCAAUGCAACUGGAUGAGGAAGUGCCUUUCACUAUAGUAAGACAGGUAAUUCGCAUUGAAGUAAUGUAUACUGCAUGUGAAAAACAACUAAGGAAGUGAGUUAGAUAAAACUGUCACUUCUGUGCUAGAGCUUAAGUAUUCUGAUUAUUGGCAUCUACAGCUAACUGUAAAAAUUAUGUUCUAUUAAUUACAAAAGCAUUAAAUAUUAUUUUAAUUUGGAUGAAGGAUGAAAUGGAUGGAAGAUUGACUAUGGUGCCUAUUAGCAUGAAGUACCAUUGGUUAAUAUAUUUCUCUCAACUCCAUAGUUUUUUUUUAAACCUCUGCUUUUGCUUGGGUAGUCCCGUUGAAACUUAGCCAUUUCCCUUUUUGAGAAUCACUUGAGAAACACCACCUCUGUUUUCAUCAUGUUGUUAAAUAAGAAUUUUAUAUAUUGUGAAGUUUUUAUUACAAAAGAGGGAUUCAUUGUCAAUAUUUAUGUCAACAAGCGUUCUUAAUUUCUCUCCCUUCAAAACAUAUUCCUGAAGUCUGUUUCCAUUCUACAGACUUGGACAGAAUAGUAAAGUUGCAAUUAAUUGUUGCUAAACUUCCUAUUAGGGAUAUUAAUUUUUGUGAAUUUUAGUUUUAAUGAAGCACAAUUCUCAGUAAGUGUUGUUAGCCACUCUGCAAAUCUUUUGAGGAGCCAAAAUUCUUGUUUGCUUUCAGUAAUCUUAAACUAUCUAGUAUCAUACCUUUUGGAACUUGAGACAGGACGUUAUGAACCUUUUUCAGUACAUGUUUCUGCUGCACUUCUAUUGCAUUCUGUAACAAAGUUUCUUAGUUGGCUGUAUGGGUACCUGAGUAGGUGUCUCAUUUAAGUGUUAGAGCCUUUGGUGCACUGAAGCUGAUCUCUCCAGUAGCCAAAAUCUCAUCACAAAAUCCAGCUGCGUUUUAAAUUAUGUUUUAGUACAUUUGCCUCCGCUGCCCUUCAUGCAAGCUUUUGCAAGACUUUGAAGAACAUCCUGUGAAUUUUACGUUUGUCCUUUUGAUCUUUCCUCUGGCUUGCCUUUAAUAUUCUAAGUUAACAUUUAUCAAUGCGUUUUUAAUGUAGUUUGUUGAGUGCAGCUCCUAUAGUGCCUGUUUCUAACCCAUAUUUUAAAGGAACACUUUUUUUUCUCAUUGAUGUCAGAACUGAAUUUUUCAAUUUGGGAUUUUUUUAAAAAAAAUCCAUCUUAAGUAUAAAUUUAUCGCAUGAAUUUUCACCAGUUACUGUUAAAACUAAGUAAAUUUGAUCCAUAGAUGUGGCAAAGUGCCAAAUUAACCAAGUGGUUUACCUGUGGAAAUAGUUGUAUUAAUGACUAUAAUUACCUACAUAUUUGCCAGUUAAUCAGAAAUGACAGAUCUUUGGAUAAUUUGCUCUUUAACUCAUCUUGAUUUUUAUUAUCACUUUGAACCAAUUUGCAUAUAAUUUUAUAGUAAUUUCUAAAAUGAAGGGAAAUUUAGUUCACAACAGCAAAAGUCAUGGUUUUGCUGACUCCUUUUUAAGGAAAGGACAACCAUCUGCCAUGCAUAUUCCAUCACUUAAUUUUGAUAUGUCAUUUAUCUAACUUUUUAAAUGGGUUAUUUAAAGUCUAUCUGAUUGCAACAAUGUUGCUAAAGUGGUAGUAAGAAAGGGAUAUCUGCUGGGUUGCUUUGAGAUAAAACAAAUUACAUGAGAUUUGUGAAAAGCUAUCAGACAUUGUAUGUUUAGCAUGUUAGAUUUUUGUAUGGCCUGAUGAUUCUUGUAAUGCAGUUCAUGUCGCCUAUUUUAUCAUAAUUAUGCUCAUUGCCAGAAUUUUACUUCAUAAUUUAGUAGAAAAUAUUACAAAGUAGUAAUUUGAAAGGUUCAUGAGAUGGCUACGUGCACCCUUAUGUUCCUACACACUUUUCUUAAUUUUUUUUUUAAUACAGUUUGCUGGUAAGAUGAAGGGGAAUGUUCCAUCUCAAAUAUUUUUGAAAGUUUCAUUUUUUAAAAUUUUAAUUGCAGUUUUGUUCUCUUCAUUGGAAGUGCCACAAAUUUGGUCUUGUUAACUGCAGAAAAAAUUCCAAAAACAGAUUUAUGCUAUUUAAAAGCACUUUCUUCAAACCUGCUUGUUGCUUGUGGAUGAAGCAGUUUAAAAAUUGGUCCGACAAUCAGGAAUACAAUAUGGUUGCAUGAUGGACAAUAUACAGUUUAAAUUGCAGCAGAAAUUAAAGCAGUAAUUUCUUGGCAACACUUUGUGAAGAAUGUAGAAUAAACAUUUCACUACAUGUAACUUUUUUAAACUAAUUUUAAUUAUUUAGUAAGUUAUUCAACAGCUUAAAACAUUUUUUUUUGUCAAGUGGAGCAUGUUUUCAGUCAAUACUGAAGUGAUGUUAACAGAAGAAAGUAAAUUAAUUCAAGUAUUUUUAUUUGAAUAAAGGGGAAAAUUUGUAAAGGUUUACCAUUGUUGCCUAAGUGGUUAUGUUAUUAAACAUGGGCUGGGGAAAGAGAAGAAAUCAACCCUAAUUGUUCAAACAGAAAUUGAAUUUCAUUGUCGCACCUAAGCUUUGCAAUGUACUGCAAUUACAUCAUUCAGAUCACAUGCUGAAAAUGUGCUGUAGACCAACAGAUAAGCACAUGAAUAGAUAUCAGUGUUUUAUUAAACCUUUCAAAAGUAUUGGCUUAACCAGUAAAAUGCUGUUCUUCACUUGAAUUGCAUGUGGCACUAGAAAUUCUUACCCGGUCACUAGUUCAAGCAAUCAUGUUACCAUCAUUUUAAUCUUUAUCACUCAAAAUAUCUUAUUCCUUUUCUUCUCUUCUCCAUCCCUCCUAUUGUCAUAAUUAAGCUUACUAUUGGCUGUUUUGUGUAUUUAUAGAAUGUACUACUUUUCAUUCUACUGGGUCAUUUAUGAGAAUGCAUAAAUAAAGUAAGUUUAAAUAUA